GGUUGUGUCAGACCCGCGUGACGCAUGCGUGCUGACGGGGAGCGCGUGUUGCGCGCUGCGUUUCCAGAGACGCUGUUAACUGAGAGAGACUGCGCACUGAUCCACACUGCUCACACCAGCCGGACAGAUUUGCGAUAACCGACGCUGUUCUUUUGGGAGCAGUAACUCAGAGGAGAGCUAGUGUACUACAGUGACAUCCACCUACUGACGUUAGGGGAUGGCGGUAAACGUUUACUCCACAUCUAUGACCAUCGAGAACCUGAGCAGACAUGACAUGCUGGCUUGGGUCAACGACUCGCUGCACCUCAACUACACCAAGAUAGAGCAGCUCUGCUCAGGUGCGGCAUACUGUCAGUUCAUGGACAUGCUGUUUCCCGGCUGUAUCCUGCUGAGGAAGGUGAAGUUUCAGGCUAAACUGGAGCACGAAUAUAUCAACAACUUCAAAGUGCUGCAGGCGGCGUUCAAGAGGAUGGGCGUGGACAAGAUCAUUCCAGUGGAGAAGCUCGUCAAGGGGAAGUUUCAGGACAACUUCGAGUUUGUUCAGUGGUUUAAGAAAUUAUUUGACGCCAACUACGACGGGAAAGAGUACGACCCUCAGUUGGCAAGACAAGGCCAAGACAUCACACCUCCGCCCAACCCAGGUGAAGUCAUUUUCCACAAAUCCAAGAGCUCCUCCAGAGCGCCAGGACCCCAACGGACAUCACCGACGGCACCAAAAACUAUGCCCGCCCCCCCACGUGCCAUAAACUCCACCCCCUCAACUGGAAUAAGGCGGAACAUCCCGAUGUCACGUAACGGAGGCGGCGAUGCCGAGAUCAUGGAGCUCAAUCAGCAGCUGCUGGAUCUGAAAUUGACAGUCAAUGGUUUGGAGAAAGAGAGAGAUUUUUACUUCAGCAAACUCAGAGACAUUGAGCUGGUGUGUCAAGAGCACGAGGGCAACACGAACCCCGUCCUCGGCAAAGUCAUGGAGGUCCUGUACGCCACAGAGGAUGGUUUUGCGCCUCCAGAGGACGAUGAGAUUGAUGAACAGCCACGAGACCAGGAUGAAUACUGAUCCCGCACUGCAGUCCCGUCUGUCUCUCACUUCAUCCUUCCUCCAUGCCGUCUCUCCUUUUGUCUCUCCCUCUUUGACACUCCAUCCCCCACCAGCAGACACCAGGGGCGUGCUGUGAUAGGCUAAUAGACUGGGUAGGGGCGUGUCUAUGCUAAUGAGAUGUGAAUUUAUGCAGUGACGCUGAUGUUUUAUUGGCUGUGGGUUUUAAUUAAGAGUCCAGAUGACUCGAGCACUGAACCUGAAACUGCAUGAUGAUGCAGUGACACAGUCACACACACACACACACACACACACACUGAACUUUUGCAGUGCUGAUGUAGCCGACACACACAGCCAAGGUUAUUGACUAACAGUUUUUUAUUUGGACUCCAAUCAUCUAAUUUAUUAGAGAGUUUGAUGCUGAUGUCAUUUAUAUAUAUAUUUAUAUAUAUAUAUCUCUUUAGAAGGGUUUUUAGUUGCAACGAAUGAAGUGGACAGUGUACGGAAACCGAUGGAAGCUUGUUUCCACCACGGAAUAAAAAAAUAAAUAGGUAAUUUAUUCUAGAAUUCAGAAUUGCAAGGUGAUAACUCGCAGUUGCAAGAAAAUAUUUUUUUAUUCUGUGGCAAAUAAACAAAAAAAUACUAUGGAAGCUUGUGUUUCUGCCAUUGAAUAAAAAAAUAAAGGAAUUUUUUUUAUCUCACAAUACAAAUUUUUUUCCCCCCCUUGUAAUAACGAGUUAUUUUCUCACAAUUCUUAGUUUAUAACCUACAAUUCUACGAUUUUUUUGUCUCAGAAUUGCAAGAAAAAAGUCAGAAUUGUGAAAUAUAAACUUGGAAUUGUGAGAUAUAAACUCUAUUGCGAGAAAAAAAACAGAAUUGCAGAACAUAGACUCGCUAUUAUCAGAGAAAGUCAUUAUUGUGAAAUAUAAAUAUGCUAUUGCAAGAAAAAAGUCAGAAUUUCAAAUAUAAACUCGCUAUUGUGAAAAAAAUCAGAAUUGCAAAAUAUAAACUUGCUAUUAUGAGAAAAAAGUUAGAAAUGCCAAAUAUAAAAAAUAUAAAAAAAAUAGAAUUGCGAAAUAUAAACUUGAAAUUGCGAAAUAUAAACUGACUUUUUUAAGUGGAAAAAGUCAGAAUUGUGAAAUUUAAUUUCGCUAUUACAAGAAAAAAGUCAGAAUUUCCUAAAUAUAAACUUGGUAUUGUGAAAAAAAUAAAAUAAAAUUGUGAAACUCGCUUAUUGCGAAAAAAAAUCUGAAUCACAAAAUAUAAACUCGCUAUUGCGAAGAAAAAGUCAGAAUUGCUAAAUAUAAGCUCAAAAUUGCAAGAUGUAAACACUUUUUUGAGUGAAAAACUCAGAAUUGUGAAAUUUAAUUUCGCUAUUAUGAGAAAAAAGUCAGAAUUUGCAAAAUAUAAACUCUGUAUUGUGAGAGAAUUUUUUGAAAUUGUGAGUUAUAAAUUGUAAGAAAUAAAGUCAGAAUUUUAGGAUACAAAAAGUAUCAAUUACCAUUUUAUUUCUCAUCCCCUGGCGGAAACAAGUUUCCAUAGAAACCUUCACUGAUGAAAUCCCAGAAACCCAGAUAAACCGCAGACUGAAUCCUUACGAGCUCAUCAUCAACACUCGUGUUCCUGAUCUUCUUGUGCCUCUGCUGCAGAUAAUGAUGCGUUCACAAUCAGACCAGGAUCAUGUGUUGAGAAAGUAAAUGGAGUCUUAUGUUGACUUGACAGUUUUCACACUCGCUACAACACAUUUCUCAAUGCUUAAGUCACUUUUUCAAAAACUCUUCCCAGCUCCAGCUUUGGCACAGCAGUUAAUUUGCACUAAAACCACCAAAACAAGUCAUUCUUCCAGAACACUAGCGAAGGUUUCACCCAACAAACACUAUAAAACACUAACAACAGCAUUACACAAUGAUUGCUUGUGUAACAUUUCUUUACAAAACUAGAAUGACACUCUUUACUGUUUAUAAUUCACUGCAGUUUGUUACAUAGUUCAUGUUUACAUUACAGUACAAAAUUAUUCAUAAAUUUCCACCCGUGUAGGAGUUCAGACACAUCUGAUUGUUUCAAUAGCAUUUCAUUUUUUAGAUUUGGAAUAUAAUUCUGUGUGAAUGAAGCAAAUUUCUGUCUUAUUCAGUUUUGUAUUAUGUUAGGUUUUGAACUUAAAUUGAACAGUUUUGCAAAUUGGCCUGUAUAUUACAUAGUUUUGCUGAUGUUUGUGUCCGAGUGAGAAAUGUGUUCAUGUAAUCUGACAGAUGUCGUCAUUGAAUGCAUUUCGUGCCAAAGCAAAGAUAAAUAAUCCCCAGUUUUGCUCAUAUAGAGUUUUGAAAAAGUGAGAAAUGUGUCCUAGCGAUUGUAAAAAGCUGUAAUGAGUGUGUUUUUCUCAGUAAUUGCUGAUAAAUCAUUAUUAAUAUUGCAGGUGUGAGAGUUUUAUUUAUUUAUGAAGGAAACCGUGAAACGGCAUCAACUAACACUAAUGAAAACAGACUUCACCAUUAAUAAUAAUGGUUAACUGACUGACAAUAUGGAACAGAGAUUUCUAGCUGCUAUAUUUUAAUUGAACAUUUCAUUCUCUGUCUUUAUUUUAUUGCACUGAUAUCACAGGUUGAUUUUGAUUGACAGGACCUGUGUCAUUGACCCUUUCACCCCUGCUGUCACGGCAACCGUUUGCAAACAUGCAUCCAUUUGGAGUUUUACUAUGUAAAAUAAAAAUGUGUGCGGGGAAUGAUG